AUGGCUCUGAUGUUAUCAAGCUUCCUCACUGCGAUCGCUACCUUGCUGGAGACUGGAGUAACCUCGGAUUCUAGGUGGCGGUGCACUACAACCUUGAGCGACGCGAAUCUCGUCGCAGACCAGCUGCAGCUGCAUUACUACAAUACUUCCGCGGGCCAGUACAACCACGGCGAAUUGUGGACCGAUGCAAAUACAUUUGAGGAUUUGCACAACUUGAUGCUGGCAACUGGUUGUGACGACUUUGAAAAUGUCGCAGAUACCUCGUACAUAGGGAAGGCAGCCUUGGAGCCUAAAAUGGUCACAGCCUGGGCGAAAUUCCUUGGUGAUAACAACGAUGAUGCCCAGUCUAGUGCGGCCAAAAUUUGUGACAUGAUUGCAAGGGAAUGGCGGAGGUGGAGGGAUGUCAUCACGAAUGAACUGUUUUUGCUGACUUCGGCUGCUGCGUACCUGCCAACGAAGAAGGAAACGUACCUUAAAAAUGCGGACAAGGUGGUUAUUACAUGGCCGUUCUCAACAACAAACGCUGCCACGACAGUCACAGGAAUGGUCUCGGUUAAUUGCUUCCGGCCCAAUGUGUGGCCCCAGUGGACUGUUCAAUAA